AUGGCGGUGUGCGCGCGGCUGUGCGGGGUGGGCGCCGCGCGGGGCUGCCGCCGGCGGGGCUCGCAGCGCAAAGGGGCGGCGGGCGACAGCAGCGAGCCGGACACCGACCCCGAGGAAGGCGGCGAGGGCGCUGGCGAGGCGGCGGGGAAAGAAGGAGGGGCGGCGGCGGUGGCAGCGGCGGGCCGGGCGCCGCUCUCGCUGCUGGAGCUGCCGCCGGAGCUGCUGGUCCACAUCUUCGGCUCCCUGCCCGGCACCGACUUGCCCAGCCUGGCGCUCGUCUGCGGCGCCUUCCGACGCAUCCUCAGCACAGACACCAUCUGGCGCCGGCGCUGCAAGGAAGAAUAUGGCGUCUGCGAGAACCUGCGGAAGUUGGAGAUCACCGGCGUAUCUUGUCGAGAUGUAUAUGCCAAGCUCCUUCACCAGUACCGGCAUAUCUUAGGUCUCUGGCAACCAGACAUUGGACCCUAUGGGGGCCUCCUAAAUGUGGUGGUUGACGGCUUCUUCAUCAUUGGCUGGAUGUACCUGACCCCGCAUGACCCUCACGUGGACGGCCCCAUGCGCUUCAAGCCCCUCUUCAGAGUUCACCUCAUGGAGAGGCAGAGCGCCACCGUCGAGUGCAUGUAUGGGCACAAGGGACCCCACAGUGGGCAUAUCCAGAUUGUGAAGAAGGACGAGUUUUCGACCAAGUGCAACCAGACAGAUCACCAUCGUAUGCCAGGAGGGAGACAAGAGGAAUUCCGGACGUGGCUACGAGAAGAAUGGGGCCGGACGCUGGAGGACAUUUUCCAUGAACAUAUGCAGGAGCUCAUCUUGAUGAAGUUCAUCUACACAAGCCAAUACGACAACUGCUUAACAUACCGGCGCAUUUACCUCCCUCCGCGCAGCCCGGAGUAUCUGAUCCAGCCAGGCCUUUUCAAAGGGACCUAUGGGAGCCAUGGCCUUGAAAUCGUCAUGCUCAGCUUCCACGGGAAAAAGGCCAAGGGCACCAAAAUCACGGGCGAUCCCAACAUCCCAGCCGGCCAGCAGACGGUCGAGAUCGACCUUGCCCAUCCCAUCCAGCUGCCUGACAUAGAAAACCUGAGCAACUUCAGCGAGCUCUCCCGGAUCGUGCUGGAGGUGCGGGAACAGGUGCGGCGGGAGCAGCAGCAGCAGGAAGAAGGCUCGGCGGAGGAGGCGGGGCCGGAAGCCGCAGGCCAGCAGCAGGAGGAGGAGGACGGGGCUGGAUCGGCGGCAGCGGGAGAAGGAGCAGCUGCCUCUGUCUCCCCACCUGAGCCCUGCCCCUUCGUCCUGCCUGGCGGGAUCGCCUCCCGAAACGAGGAUUAUCCCCGCACCUGCAGAGCAUGCUUCUAUGGGACGGGCCUCAUCGCCGGACACGGCUUCACCAGCCCCGAACGAACCCCCGGCGUUUUCGUCUUGUUUGACGAUGACCGCUUCGGCUUCAUCUGGUUAGAGCUGCAGUCGUUCAGCCUCUACAGCCGGAUCAAAGUCUCCUUCCAGAACGCCGAGGCGCCUUCGCCGGAAGCUUUUGACGAGAUGCUGAAGAACAUUCAGUUACUGACCUCAUGAUGGUGGCCAUCCAGGAACCUGAGGAAGGAAGGAUCCCCUUCUCCCCAUGGCGGGGGUCUGGGUGCCCGACCUCGGCGUGAGAGGCCACGGCGUCCUUCUCUAUCCGGCCUUUUUAUCAAAUUGUAUCCUAUCUCCUCCUCCUCUGUGCGCUAACGUUCCUUCCCCAAUACGUGAUGUAUAGUUUGUAAUAUAGCUUUAUUAUAUUGGGAGGGCAGCUUGCA